GCUUUGUAGUCCUCGCCUCCCGCACCCUCCUCUGCGUUAUUUGCAUAGAAAGCAGCCUAUUGGUUGCCACGUGCGCUGGCUGGCCAAUCCUACGUGACCGUCCUCCCGUUUGGCGCGCUAAAAAGUAACCAGGAGGCGGGGGAGAGGGGAGCGAACGCGCGUCGGAAGCUCGUGGAGUGGAUUUCUGCCCCUUCCAUCCUGCAAGAUGUGGAACGCUGGCUUUGGCGGUGGGUACGGUGGCUCCUCAAUGGGUGGUGGAUACACAGAAUCACCAGGAGGAUUCGGAUCUCCUUCAGCAACUCAGGGUGAAAAGAGAUCGAGAGCAAGAUCACAAAACAUUGUUCCAUGUACAGUGUCCCAGUUACUUUCUGCUGAACAGGUAGAUGAAGCCUUUAAGGUCCGAGAAGUUGAGAUUUCACAGGUUGUUAUUGUGGGUAUAAUCAGGCAAGCAGAGAAAGCACCCACGAACAUCCUCUACAAAGUGGACGAUAUGACUGCAGCCCCAAUGGAUGUCAGACAGUGGGUCGACACUGAUGAAGAAGGCAGUGAGAAUGUUGUCGUGCCCCCUGGGACGUAUGUAAAAGUGGCCGGUCAUCUACGAUCCUUCCAGAACAAGAAGAGUCUGGUUGCGUUCAAGCUCAUGCCACUGGAGGAUAUGAAUGAGCUCACCACACACAUGCUUGAAGUUGUCAACGCACACAUGAUCCUCAGAAAAGGCAACCUCCUGUCAACAUCAAUGAUGGCACCUCGUUCAUUUGCUUCUUCGGCGAUGAGCACCAUGACUAGCUACGGAGGAAGCUUAAACAUGCCAGUGAGUGGGCUUUCGCCACAUCAGAGUCAGGUUCUGAAUCUGAUCAAAAGCUCCAUGUCUGCAGAGGGGAUAAGUCUUCAGGAUCUGAGGGCUCAGUUGCAUAAUAUCAACCUGGCUACCAUCAAGAAAGCUGUUGAAUUUCUCAGCAGUGAAGGGCACAUCUAUUCCACUAUUGAUGAUGAACACUUUAAAUCAACUGAUGCUGAAUAAGGACUCUUGGAAGGCUGACUCUUUGAUGCUGAGUGGGUUCCAUGCCGAGCAACCAUCAGUUUAUAUCGAACCUUCCAAUAACAGAACAUCUGUGCAGAGGAGUCUGUCCCCUUGAAAGUGACUCUUCAUUUACUUAAGCUGACCUUCCUAGCACUCACAUGCAUAUAGCUGAUAUGAAUAACAGUGCAAUCCUAAAAAGAAUAAUGCCCCUUCUAAUCCCACUGACUUCAGUGGACUUAAAAGGAUAGAACUGUAUUUAAGGAUUGCACUGUAAAGCCAUCCCAGGAAUUUUAGAAGGUGUUCAAGUGAAGCAAUUGGAAAGUUCCAAGUACUAUCUCCUAAAUAUAUAAAUAUAUAUAUAUUUGUCUUGUAUAAAGAUUAUCUAGCAGCAGAGUAGACCAUCUACUGUAUUGUACUAGCUGCCAUGGUUUGGAAAUGGCAUUUCAAACUGUACCUGCCUUUUUGUACAGACUAGGGAAAAAUGCUCAGUUUUAUUUUUAAAAAACUCCUAAAGUAGUCUGCCUCUUCUGAAUUUUUUCUGCAGAUGUGUUCUUUCAAAUAAAGUUUUUGAUAGCCCAAUAAAGCUUUUUUU